AUGGCCGAAGAAUUUGAAACCGUCUCCGCGACUACGCUCGCCCUCCUUCAACAAUUCCAGGCCACACUCUCAUCGCCCUUGGCCGCCGCCCAAUCCUCGCCGACCCGCCCAGAAGAUGUGCCUCCAGCCCUGCCCCUCCUCGCGGACUCCUCCGCCACACUGAAGGCCCAGGUCACCAAGUUAUCGCUACUAGCGCUCAAUUCGCCGUUCACCCACUCAGCGGUCAAUAAUGUGCUCCGGGCCUGCAAUGAUUCCGUCCUUCCCUCGGUUGUUACUGCUGCCUUGCUCGUCACACCCACUGGAUAUACCAAGGCGUUCCACUUGGAGAUCUUGCAUCUGGCCAAGACGGCUUUGUUGGAAUUUGCCACGCUUAUCCAGGAGGUCAAUAAUAUUGCCGAGCACAAGCAACAGGACAAGAAGGCUGAUCCGAAAAAGAAAGAGGCCGAGGUCAGCGGGGCUGAGAAAAACGCCGUUACACUUGCGGUGGGUCGUGUCUGGGAUGCCUGCGAUGCAGUGAAUGAGAUCGCGCAGAAGGGAGUUGUCGGAUUCGUCAUGCGCCGCGUUGAGCAAUGGCGCGAUCUCGUCCGAGAUGCGGUCGAAGAGCUGGAAGAUUGGGACCCGGAGGAAGAUGGUGACGAGCUCUUUGAUGAUCUAAUGGACAACGACGAGGACGCGGAAGCUGACGACGAUUCUGACGAUGAGGAGGACUCGGCCGCUCUGCAUGAGCAGAAGAAAUCAACGCUUCGCUUCCUCAAACCCAUUGCGCAGGUCUACCCGGCAAUCAUCAACUACCGCCUCAAGAAUAUCGGCGAUGCGCCGCUGUCUGGUGCUGAUGGAGUCGUGAAACUGGAGUCCUUGAUGUUGAAUCUGCAGGGCAUACCAGAUCAAGUGGAUGAAGCGGCUGGGUCUCUGUACGAGAACAACCUAAAGAAGUCCAUCAAGCACUUACAGCAGACGCAGAAACACGCUACACAAGCUGUGACCUUGGUGACUCUACCCUGGAAAGGAAACCAGAGUGCCGACGAUGAUCAGCAGCCGAAAGACAAAUUCACAGUCUGGUCCAAGACGUGGCUCAAGGUCAUGGAGGAAGUCGGCAAGUCGAUUGAUGCGACUACAACUGAAUAA